AUGGGAAAAAGAGGACGCGAUGCAUGGAGGGACAGACGACGGUGCGUCGCCUUUAUGUUCGUUCUGGCUCUUUUGUGGAGCAUGGCGUUGGCGCAGAUAAGGUAUUCCAUCCCUGAGGAGGUUCAGGAAGGAACCGCCGUCGGAAAUAUCGCCAAGGAUCUAGGACUGGAUAAGGGCACGUUAAAAGACCGGAAAUAUCGGAUCGUUUCAGGCUCUGCUGACACGCUUUUCCGUGUUGACCAGAAUGAUGGCAACCUGUACGUGAGUCGAAAAAUAGACAGGGAGGCAGUAUGCGAGCGGCUUGCCACGUGCUUGAUCAAUUUGAAAACGGUGCUAGAGAACCCGCUGGAGAUCCAUUAUGUUGGGGUGGAGGUGCUGGAUAUAAACGACCAUUCUCCCAGCUUCCCAGAGGCGGAGAAAACGCUAGAAAUCUCGGAGUCCGUUUUACCCGGGGCACGCUUCCAGCUGCAGGCGUCGCGAGAUCCAGACGCCGGCCAGCUGUCUGUCCAGCAGUAUAAACUCAGCCACAACGACCACUUCCGUUUGGAAGUGAAGGAUAAGGGAGAAGAUGGUAAAAUACCGAUAUUGGUGUUGCAAAGGUCUUUAGAUAGGGAGAGCGUCGGAAGUCACUCCUUGGUGCUGACGGCUUUGGAUGGAGGGAAACCUCCGCGAUCCGGGGACAUGCAUAUCCGAGUGAAUGUAUUGGAUGUUAACGAUAACACGCCCGUUUUCUCCAAAGAUGUUUACUCUGUAAUGCUUAAGGAGAACGCUCCGGUUGGCACAACAGUCAUACAAGUAAAUGCAACGGACUUGGAUGACGGUCCAAACGGAGAGGUGGUCUACUCGUUCGGCAACAGUGUUAACAAUAGAUUAUUCAAGCUUUUUGAUGUCAAUCCCUCGACAGGUGAGGUAGUUGUAAAAGAUCGUAUAGACUAUGAGCACAAGGACAAAUACGAAAUUGAAAUUCAAGCAUCUGAUAAAGGCCUCCCUCCGUUGACAACAGAGAAAAGUGUUAUUAUUACGGUAGUUGACGUCAAUGAUAAUGCGCCAGAGAUUGAGGUCACCUCAUUUUCCAGUGCCAUUCCUGAGGAUGCCACACCUGGUACACCUGUUGCCCUCAUCAGCGUAAAUGAUUUGGACUCCGGCCUCAAUGGGAAAGUGGUUUGCUAUAUAACUGACGAUGGGCCAUUUGCUUUAUCGCCGUCCUUACAAGAAAAUAUGUAUUCAUUAGUAACUAAGUCAUCUUUGGAUAGGGAAGAUCGGUAUCAGUAUGACUUGACAAUUGUUGCAAAGGAUGCUGGCCAACCUGCAUUGUCUUCUGAGAAAACAAUACACGUCGAAGUAUCAGAUGUGAAUGACAACAGUCCAGAGUUUUCACUGAGCCCCUAUACUUUUUAUGUCAGGGAAAAUAACGCGCCAGGGGCCUCGCUCUUUUCUGUCCAGGCAUCUGACCAUGAUGAGAAUGAAAAUGCAGUCAUUUCAUUUCAUAUUGUUAGGGAUAUGCGGGAUGAUAGAGUAGUUUCAUUGUUAAACAUCAACUCGCAAAAUGGUGAUAUAUUGGCUCUCAAGAGUUUCGACUUUGAAACUUUGAAGACUUUCCAGUUCCACGUGGUUGCCACGGACUCCGGAAGUCCCUCGUUGCGCAGCAACGUGACAGUGAACGUGUUCAUCCUGGAUCAGAACGACAACGCUCCAGUCAUCUUGUAUCCAGUCAGCGCUAACGGUUCUGCUGAAGGUGUGGAGGAGAUUCCCCGCAAUGUGAACGCAGGUCAUCUGGUGACUAAAGUGAGAGCGUAUGACGCUGAUAUAGGAUAUAACGGCUGGUUGUUAUUUUCACUGCAGGAAGUCACUGACCACAGUCUGUUUGGUUUGGACCGCUACACAGGACAGAUAAGAACACUUCGCUCAUUCACAGAGACAGACGAGGCUGAACAUAAACUGGUCAUACUGGUGAAAGACAAUGGGAACGUGUCACUCUCAGCAACAGCUACUGUGGUUGUCAAGGUUGUGGAGCCCAAAGAGGCUUUUGCUGCUUCUGAUGUCAAAAGUGCAGCAAAAGAUGAAGACGAGGACAAUGUGACACUUUAUUUGAUGAUAACUUUGGGCUCAGUUUCAGCACUUUUCCUCAUCAGCAUCAUCGUGUUGAUUGUGAUGCAGUGCUCCAAACCUGCAGACUAUUCCUCCAAGUAUUUGCAAGACCCUAAUUAUGACGGGACUCUGUGUCACAGCAUCCAGUACAGAUCUGGAGACAGACGGUACAUGUUUGUUGGACCCAGAAUGAGUACUGGUUCCACUAUAGUUCCGGGCAGUAAUGGGAAUACUCUAGUGGUACGUGACUUGAGACGCCCUUCUGAAGAGCCAUCUCAGUCACCCUUCCUCACAGCCACUCUUCCUACUCAGCGCUCACCUUCCACGGUCUACCAUGAUGCUCCUGGUCCUCCCUGCCUUACCCUCUGGAGCCACAGACAGGCAGGCAGGCAGGCAGACUAACAAGCAUAUGUGUAGUUAACCUCUGGAUUAGCCAUGCACCACUUAUUUAUGUUCAGGGACCAUGUUGUGUGGGGGUUUUAUUUACCCACCAUUUAUUCUCUGUUAAUUAUUCAGUGUGUGUAAUUAUCUUGUCCUCCGGAAAUGUAACUUUUGUCGGUGGUGUGUACAUGGGAUUCAUAAAGCAAAACUGA